CUGAGGUAGUGCAGGACUGCUAUAAAAGGCAGCCCCAGUCUCUGCUCUCUCAUCCACUUCUCUCACCUCCUUCUCCUCAGGAAUCCUCAGGUGCACCUGUGACCCCGAGCCAUGUCUUGCUGCAAGCCCUGCGACCCUUGCUGCCAGCCCUGCGGCCCCUGCCCGCUGGCCAGCAGCUGCAAUGAGUGCUGUGUCAGGCAGUGCCAGAGCUCCCAUGUCGUCAUUGAGCCGCCUGCUGUGCUGGUGACCCUGCCCGGCCCCGUCCUCAGCUCCUUCCCACAGAACACCGCCGUGGGAUCCUCCACCUCCGCUGCCGUUGGCAACAUCCUCAGCUGUGGUGGAGUGCCCAUCAGCUCCGGGGGCUUUGACAUCUCCUGCAUCACCAACUGCUAUGGUGGCAGCAGAUGUCGUCCUUGCUAAAUCUGCUUCUGGCAACAUCCUCAGGCAAGAACCUCCAGUACCUCACAACGUGGUUCUGGGCAGAACAUGAUUCUGGUCAGGAAACAGAGCUUUUGGACAUUCUAUUUACAGCUUUAGGAUGAUGUUUCUUUCUCCUACUAUUCCAUCUUCUUUCUGUGCUGUCCAUUUGUCCCCAGGCCAGCC